CGGAGUAGUAGCUGGAUACUUAACCGUUUAUAAUGUUUGCUUCUUGGUAUUCAGAUGGCUGUGUAUUACUGUACCGAAGAUGAAAAUGCGAGUUUCAUGAGUCUGUCGGAGACUGGCGCACUUGAAGAAACUGGAGUUUUUCCACAGAAUAUUUGCAACAACCUUGACUCCUUCCUUGAGGCAGUGAGAGAACACUACGAUAUGCUGAAUGAACUUGCAAAUUACUUUAAAUAUUUACGUCAGGCCGCCCAAGACGAUUCCUCGCUUGAACUGAUGGCAUCAUUCCAAGAAUAUAUUUAUGACUGUAUGUGCACCAUGAAAAAAACAUUGCGUGCAAAGCAACGUGAUCCUGUAAAUACUGUUCCAAGUGGAAACUUGUCUGAAUUAUUUGUACAAUAUCAGAAUGGUUCAAGAUGUGAGCGUCAAAAUACACAGUAUAUCUCUGUAUUAGAUGGUAACCGAAUUGCAACAUACCUUGAAACAAUGUACAACAGAUUGAGCACAAAAUGACAGUGCUUUCAAAAACGACGCAAUACAAAUUCUCUUUAUCCUUUUGAGCGAAGUCUCUAUAAUCCAGUCAUAUCAUUUUUUCACGGCAUUUCUAUUUUUAUUUUUUAUAUAAUGAAAUUUUUACAUUGUUAAG